CCGAUACAAGUUCGAUGGGCAGCAAGACGGGCGCCGUGUCGUCGUUGCUGUGCUGCCCUUGCCGGUGCCUCUUCUGCGGCGUGCUCAGCUGCCUCUUCAGCGUGCUCGCCUGCAUUUUCUGCGUCGCCGCCCUCGUCGCCCUCGUCCUCUUCCUCCUGUUCCGGCCCCACAUCAUCCGCGCCACCGCUAUCUCCGCCGACCUCUCCGACUUCACCCUCACCCCGCGGACGUGGAUCCUCCACUACAACCUCUCCCUCGGCCUGCAGGUCCGCAACCCCAACAAGCGCAUCGCCCUCCACUACCGCGGCGUCGUGGCGCAGGCGCACUUCCAGGGCCAGCAGUUCGGCCACACCGCCCCGCCGGACUUCUUCCAGGACACCAGCGAGACGAGCACCCUCGACCUCGCCUUCGCCGGUGAGAGCCCCAUCGUCGGUGGCAUUGCCGCGGCCGCCUUCCGGAGGGAGGCCGCCGAGGGGGCCAUCUUCUCUGUGGACGUCAAGAUCAGCUCGCACAUGAAGCUCAAGGUUUGGGUGCUCAAGGUACCGGGGCCCAAGACCAAGAUCGAUUGCCCCCUCAGGCUCCAGCGACGGGAUGUCGCCCAUGGCCAACGCCCGCCGGAGUUCCACCAGACGGAAUGCAGGGUCACCUUCUUCUGAAUCUGACCGCUCGCUCCGGAUUCCACCUUAGAGUUCGUUGCAUGCAUGCAUUCUUGCUGCAUCUGAUAUUUUCCAGCAUCUCUACCUACAUGCUGGUGGCAAUAAUCCUCUCGUCAUCAUUAAUUAAUUAGAUAGAUAGAUAGAUAUGUUUCGCUACAUUGUUUAUGAGAAUAGAAGAACACAGAUUUAUUGCUAGAAGUUACAACAACAUAUAUAUAUUUUUCGUAU